AUGUCUGAAACUCUCUUCCCCUCCAGGCUUAACACAAGGCCAGUGUACGGAGGUGUAAGAUCUCGCAUAGGGAUCCAACAGAAUCUUCUAAACAGAUCAUCCCCAGCUGUCAGUUUUCAGCGGACAUUUGAUGCCCGACAGAAGAUAGGCCUCACGGAUGCCCGACACAAACUGGGGGUUAAAGAUGCCCGUGAAAAACUGGUUCAAAAGGAUGCUCGGUUUAAAAUCAAAGGGAAGGUGCAGGAUGCUCGAGAGAUGUUGAAUUCCCGAAAACAGCAAAAUGUUUCUACUGAAAAGGUGACCAAAGUGGUGGAUGCCAGAGAGAAGAUCAGUUUAAAAAGGAGCACACCAGCUGCUAUCAGCCCAACUAUGGGAACAGCGAAUCCAGCUGUGAAAAUCACCAAAACUAUCCAACAGAAGGCUCCAGUUCCUGGACACUCUCAUCCAGUAGGAAUGAGGAUCAAUGUGGUGAACAACCAUACACACAAACAGGGUCUGUAUGACAUGGAAGAUGAUGAUGAAACUGUCUCUCCCCUUACUAGCAAACAGAUGAAAAUCACCACCACAAACAGUUUCCUGCACAACGCGACUGGGUUGAGUGGCAAUAAAUUCUCUCUGUCCAAGACUGUUCCCCUGACUAAAGUGGUCCAGAAUGAUACAUACACAGCUCCACCUGCACCUCCCUCUCCUAUGCGAACAAAGGCCUUGGCAAACAUGUCCCGGACCUUGGUGACAAAAGAAGAGCCUCCAAAAGAACCAGCACCCAUUGAGCUGGCGUUCAGUCCUUUGGAAGGUACCAAGAUGACAGUUAACAAUCUGCAUCCUCGAGUCACAGAGGAAGACAUUGUUGAGUUAUUCUGUGUGUGUGGUGCCCUGAAGCGAGCCCGUCUAGUGCACCCUGGAGUGGCUGAGGUAGUAUUUGUGAAGAAAGAAGAUGCUAUCACAGCAUAUAAGAAAUACAACAACAGGUGCUUAGAUGGUCAACCAAUGAAAUGCAAUCUUCAUAUGAAUGGGAAUGUCAUCACCUCAGACCAGCCUAUACUGCUCCGAUUGAGUGAUACCCCUUCAGUAAAGAAGGAAGGGGAACCACGCCGGUCCAGUGCAAGCGCCUCCUCAAAUCCCCCAGCUGAAGUGGACCCUGACACGAUCUUGAAGGCACUCUUCAAAUCUUCAGGGGUCUCUGCCUCUGUGCAGCCCACAGAAUUCAAAAUCAAACUCUGAGAAGGGGGAGCAAGAAGUGGACUGGAAACCCAUUUAAGUUGGGGAAAGGAAAGUGCAGGAGUGCAGAUGUUACUUGCAUUUGCCUGCCUUGAAUUUUUUUGUUUUCUAUGAUCGCUACCUUACUGUACAAUAGUGUUCCCUCUUGUGUGUGUACUUUCUGUUUUCAUAGUUGGAGUUUUCUUCCAUGAUUUUUUUCCGAAAGAAUAACCUCCCCCUUCUGCCAGUAAUGUAUUACCAAGCAUAUACCAUGUAACUCCAUCCUUUACUCCAAAGCCCCUGGUGGCCAUUAAAAGUGCACAUAGACUUUGAGGGAA